GUGAGGGGGUUUCCAGCUAAGCGCCGGCAAGCCGGAGCGCAAACAGCCCUGCUGCACAGCUGUAAAUUAGUUCCUCAGCUCUGCGAAACAGUUAACUUCUGGCUGCGAGACCAUCCUAUCUCCCUGCCCGCUCAACAAUAGAUCCAGCUAAACAAAUGCCUCCUAAUUGACUUUGAGCAACACUUGAUUGCUUUUACCAAAAAAAAACAAAAGAGAAGAAAACAUUGGGGUUUAUGAAAUAAUGACUAAUCCCGGAGCGAGAGAAAGGGGAUGGGCUGGCACGCUGGUGUCAAACAGAGGGCCCCAAGACACACGGCCAAGCCAUUCACCCCUCCCCGGCUGCCCUCAUUUCCACACCUGCUGAUCUAAGCCAAACCCCUGCUAAAAUCCAAACAAUCGGGGCCGCUGGCAAACGAAAAUUGGAGCAUUGUCUUCCCCAUGAGGGCUCUGAAAGGGCCGCACUUAAUGAGGAUGGAUCGUCACGGAGGUGGCUCGCGGGCUAUAAAAGGCAGCCCGCAGUCCGCAGCAGCUCAGUCCGGGGUGCGCCGCUCGCUCCGAGCCCGCUCCGAGCAUGGAGGCGGCCGGGCGCAGGCAGCCCUCGAGGCGGGGAGGCCGCUGGCUGCCGGGCCUCCUGGUGCGCCUGCUGCUCUGGGGCUCCCCGGGGAGCCGGGCCAGCUACCUGAGGAGGUCGUCCAGCUGCACGGCCAUCCCGCGGGGCAUGGCGCUGUGCUACGACAUCGGCUACUCCGAGAUGAGGAUCCCCAACCUGCUGGAGCACGAGACCAUGGCUGAAGUGAUCCAGCAGUCUUCCAGCUGGCUGCCCUUGCUGGCCAGGGAGUGCCAUCCCGACGCCAGGAUUUUCCUCUGCUCCCUCUUUGCCCCGAUCUGCUUGGACAGGCUCAUCUACCCCUGCCGCAGCUUGUGUGAGACCGUCAAGAGGAGCUGUGCGCCCGUCAUGGCUUGUUACGGCUACCCCUGGCCCGAAAUCCUCAACUGCGACAAGUUUCCUGCAGACCACGAGCUGUGCAUCUCAGCGGUCUCCACGGACGAAAGCUCCUCCAGCAGGAGAAUGCCCCGAGCCAGCUGCAAGGACUGCGAGCUUGAGGAGGCCAGCACCGCCAGGGAGAUCCUGGAGAACCUCUGCGCCAACGACUUUGCGGUGAAAAUCCGAAUCCUCAGGAAAAACACGACCACAACUGUCUCGGACUUUGACCUGGACCCCUCCAGGGUGGAGGUCCUGAAGCACGGCCCGCUCCUCCGAACCGAGAUCCCAGGCAGGCUCCAGCAGUGGCUAGACAUAGACGCCACCUGCGCCCACAACAUCAUGAGAGGCACUCACGCGGGGGUCUUCGUUGUCAGCGGAGAGGUGCAGAGUGACAAAGUGGUGGUGAACAAGGCCUACGCCUGGCAGAAGAAGAACAGGAACCUGCACCAGGCAGUGCGGCGGUGGAAACAUCACCGCUGCCCCGAGCAGGCUGGCAGGAAGGUCUGAAAACCUCGACUUCAACAAGGAGGAACCGCUCCCUUUCCUACGGCUAGAAAACUCCUCUUCCUGGCAGUUGGUCUUCCGGAGAUGCACAGUAUUUUUAGGUGAUUCAAAGCAGUCAUAGCCAGCAGAUAGGGCCUCACCACACAUCCCUGACAGACCCCUAGAACUGUUUUACUGAGACAGAGCUCACGGA